ACAAAUCUUUAUUUGAUAUUUUCAACAGCGUUGCCUCGGAAAGAGUGGGCCUGGUUCCUCUGACAAUGUCUUCAAAAAUGCCUCUCAAGUUUGCAGCCAAUCUGUCCAUGAUGUUCACAGAAUUUCCAACUCUCGCUGAGCGAUAUGAAGCUGCCAAAGAUGCAGGCUUUAAAUACGUGGAGGCGACAUUUCCUUAUGGAGAAGACGCUGGAACACUGGCAGAGGCGAGAAGAAGGGCGGGAUUAGAGCAUGUAUUAAUCAACGGUUGGCCAGGUGAACUGUCAGCUGGUGACUUGGGAAUAGCAGCACUGAGGUCUAGAAAACUGGAGUUUGUGGACAAACUGGAGAUGUCAAUAAAAUAUGCAAAUGCAUUGAACUGUAAACGAAUGCACAUCAUGGCUGGGAAGCGACCAGAGGCUGAAGAAGAUGUUUAUCUGGAGAACAUUAAAUAUGCAGCUGACAGAUUACAAAAGGAAGGCAUCCUGGCCCUGAUUGAAGCAGUCAACUCAAAGCUGUCUGCCCCUGGUUACUUCAUGGAUGAACCAGAAAGAGGAUUGGAAUAUGUGAAGAAGAUCAAUCACCCCAAUCUGAAGUUUCAGUUUGACUUUUUUCAUGUACAGAUCAUGAGUGGAAAUUUGACUGAAAAUUUGAAAAAGUUUUUGCCACACAUAGGUCACAUCCAAAUCUCCCAGGUACCUGACAGAGGAGAACCAGAUGACCAAGGGGAGAUAACCUACCCAUACAUCUUCAGACUGCUACAGGAGCUGGGAUAUGACGGCUAUGUAGGGCUGGAGUACAAACCAAGAGGUACUACACUUGAGGGAUUACAGUGGUUGGAGAAGGCUGGAUGUGACUUGACUCUUUAACACAGUGUAGGAGUCAGUAAUACAGGAGAGCUGAGAAGCAAUAUAACCAGAGCAAUUGUCUUAGCAACAUUCUGUGAGGAGUGAGUGAGUGAGUGAAGCUGUUCAUUUGUAACCACAUCUGUAUUUUACACUCAGCUUCUUGACCCAGCUAAGAAUAGCGUUAUGUAUGUUCUAUUCUUGUGGGAAUGUUAAUCAAAUUUUCAACUUGAUUUCUGAAACCGUCAAUCCCUAAAAGUGAUACAAGUAAAUUCUGUCAUUCAUACAUAUAGAGCAUAAGCUCACAAAAUUUUGCUUAAGCAUAUGGAAGAAAUGAAUGUUAGAAAAGCUGUGAGCCCAUUUCCAUGGAUAAGCUGAUUUACAUUAAA